AUGACACAGGGCGUCAUGUAUGGCCUGUCAAGCGGGCUUCUCUUCGCACCCUGUUUAAGCUUUGUGAACGAAUGGUUCCUUAAGCGGCGUGGUCUUGCCAACGGCAUCUUUUUCGGCGCUCCCAAUGUUGCUGCUUCGGGCCUUUCACCAAUAUUCUCUAUUCUUCUCAAGCGCUUCGGGCCUCGGAAAACACUCAUCGGAUGGGCCAUAUUCAUAGCUGUCAUCAUAUCGCUCGGCAUACUGUGCGUCCGCUCUCGACGAAGCAGCAAUGCACAGGCAGAGGAAGCAAUCCGGAAACCGUCUUCGACUCUGAGAGUAUUGAAGCGGCCAGUGUUCUGGCUCUUUGUCUUCUCUAUGGCGAUGCAGAGCCUAGCCAACAACCUCCCUGCAAAUUACCUCCCUAGCUACGCCACAGAUAUGGGUGUCUCAGCAGAACAAGGCGCAUUGUUGGUCACGUUUUUGUCCCUGUUUGGAAUUAUCGGCCAAGUCUCAAUUGGAGCUCUGACGUAG